AUGGCUGUGAUCAAAGUGGAAGUCGUCUUCGACUUCGUCUGUGCUUGGUGCUACAUUGGCAAGCGAAAGCUAGACAGAGCCAUCGCUCUCUACCAGAAGACAUACCCAGGGGGCAAGAACGACGUAUUUGCCAUCACCUGGCGACCGUACUACCUGGACUACAAUCCUUCAACCCACAGCGUUGACAAGAGCCUGCUGGCUGAAACCAAGUUGGCUGAUAUGAGCCCGGAGCGACGCGCUGCCCUGACGCAGCGCAUGGAGCAGACUGGCCGUUUCGUCGGUAUUGACUUCAAAUGGGGCGGCAAGAUCGGGCCCGACACCCGUGACGCUCAUCGACUUGUACGUGUUGGCAGUGCCAAAGGCCCCGAAGUUGCGGACGCUUUGGUUGAGAAGCUCUUUGAGGCGUACCAUGAACUAGAGAGAGACAUUUCUGAGAGAGAGGUGCUCCGCGGCAUUGCAGUGGACGCUGGCCUCGAUCCCGUCGAAGUAGAGACAUUGUUUGAGUCGGGUGCAGGUGGGAGAGAGGUGGACAGCGAGGAGAAGAGAGGCCGAGAGCUUUCCGGGGGGGCCGGAGUUCCGAUGUAUGUCAUACAAAGUGUUCAUCGAGUUGAAGGAGCGCAGGAUGCUUCCGACUUCUAUGAAGCGUUUGUUCAGGUGAAGGAGGCCGAAUCGUCGGCCCUGGAGGCUUCAUAG